AUGCACCCAGGUCGCCCGACCUCUCAUCCUUAUAUAGCUCCGCCGGCCCCACCCACCAGCACCUGCAGCCCCAUUCCGAAGUCCUUCAAGUACCCAGACCCAAACCGUUAUCACAGCAACACUUUUUCUCCGCAACACCAACACCACCACCACUUACAAGCGCACUCGCACUCGCAACCACAACAUCAACCUCUGCCCGCCACCACCACCACCACCACCACCACCGCGACACUACCCUCUGGCCCUUCUGCGAACACGUAUCAAGAUCAUCACGGUUUACAAUAUUGGCAGAACCCGUCGCAGUAUCUACCACCACGCUCUCAGCCCGAUAACAGCUUCUCAACGAACCACUAUUCGCAGCCGCAGCAACCCGAGCGCCCGGCUCGCACCCCCUUCACAAACAACCACGCGACAGGGAUUUGGAACGCGCAACAGCAAGGUUCGCAGCGUGACCUGCAGCAAUUGCAGAAUCAACACCAGUAUUCUUACAGCCAGCAACAACCGCAACAACCGCAACAACCGCAACAACCGCAACAGCAGCUACAGCAGCUACAGCAACAGGCCUAUCCGCAGCUGUUCUCACAUACCCAACCGCAAGAGCAUCGGCAACAACGUGUGACGCGAUCACAGACACAAAGGCCCAUCCAGCCUCUCCCCUCGCAAACCUCUAAUCCCAGUCCGCCACCGGCCCCCGAACAGACCCAUAUCCAAGCUCAAGCUGCGCCAUCAUCCGUAGCGGCGCAGAGCACCAAUACGAUGCCACCCAAGCGAGCCGUCGCGCAAGCUGCGCAGCAACCCCAACCCUCCCCGAUCCAGCCCUCGCCCGUAAAGACCAAGUUCCCAACGGCGCGCAUCAAGCGCAUCAUGCAGGCGGAUGAAGAGGUUGGCAAGGUCGCGCAACAGACUCCGAUCGCAGUGGGCAAGGCACUCGAGCUGUUUAUGGUACAACUGGUGACAAAAAGCGCCGACAUAGCGCGUGAGCGUAACUCGAAACGCGUAUCGGCACAGAUGCUCAAACAGGUGGUGGAGUCAGACGACCAGUGGGAUUUCCUACGAGAAAUCACCAGCAAGAUAGAGAACGAUGACAAGGAGAAGCCAGCAGCCUCUACGAGCAGAGGUCGAGCAAAGGCAGAGAGCGAGAGUGAGGAAGAAGUCCAGCCAGAAAAGAAAACCAGAGGAGGAGCCGGGCGAGGAGGAGGGAGGGGAAGGAAGAAGUCUACCGCUUAG